AGCACAAUUGGAGUCUGGUCUACAUAUUGAUGUUAAAUGCAAUUGGAAAGGAAGUUGUAGUAGAAAAAAGGUCUCUGUUGACAUGGAAAGAAUGGCAGCAAUCCUUUUGUCUAGACGCAAGAACAUGCGUGCACUUAGCUUUGCUAUGGAGGUUUCAAAAUCCACAGUCCAAAGAUGGCUAAAGCAUAAGGAGAUAAGGAGACAUUCAAGUGCUAUUAAGCCAUAUCUAUGGCUGGGAGUGGAUGAGAAGGCGUUGGUAUCGGUACUGGGGAAAUGGAACCCGAAGCAAAGGCAAUCCUACAGGAAGAGCAAUAGAGAAUUCUUCAAGGAAGACGAACGCCAAUUCGAGAGGUGGGAUGAGCAGCACGUCCUCCAACUCCGACAAGAGUUUCUACGUCUCAAGGACGCGGUGGUGCUAUAUACAUUGCACCCUUGGGAAAGAGAUGCCCGCUUAUUGAAGGAAGCAUUGGUGAAGGGGCCUCAGUUCCAUCUGCUUAUAGAGACGGCCUGCACAAGGCCGUCUGAUGAGCUCUUUGGAGCAAGAAGAGCUUACCAUUCCCUCUUUGAGCAUUCCAUUGAGGAAGACAUUGCCUUUCACAUCCAAUCCCCGGAAAGAAAGCUUCUGGUUGCGCUUGUGAGCUCAUAUCGCUACGAAGGCCCAAAAGUGCACGAAGACAUUGCGAAAUCGGAGGCUAAGGUGCUGGCGGAUGCCAUAAAACCAGCUGGUGGCAAGAGCCUUGUUGGAGAUGAGGAGAUUGUGAGAAUACUGGCAACCAGAAGCAAGCUGCACCUCAUGUCCGUGUACAAAUAUUACAAGGACAUCACUGGCAAGCUCUUGGACGAGGAUCUUAAUGGCCACUGGGCUUUAAAACAGACUGUGCAAUGCCUUUGCACGCCGCAAGUCUAUUUCAGCAAGGUGUUUUCAGUGAAGUUGGAUGAGUGGACACAUGAGCAAGUUGACAUGCUAAAUGAGAUGGGUGGAAAUAACGUCGCAAAUUUGAAGUAUGAAGCUGCCCGUCCAGAAAGUACUUAUAAAAAGCCAAAACCAGAUUCUUCUAUAGAAGAGAGAUCAGACUUUAUAAGGAGAAAAUAUGAGCUGCAACAGUUUGUGAACUCUGAUUUACAGCUGAUAUGCCCCGCCACAACUUCCACUUCUUCCUCAGAAAAGAAACAUUCUUCUGGUCAUCGAAUUCAUGGUCUGGGACACGCAUUUCGAAACAGCUGGAGAAAGAAAGAAUCGGAACAGCAGAAGGGAACCAGGAAAAGCAACUCAACGGCAGGUAUGGUUGAAUUCAUAGGAUUGAUCAAAGUGAAUGUGGUGAGGGGCACCAAUCUUGCUAUCAGGGAUAUGGUAUCUAGUGAUCCUUACGUUAUUCUGUCAUUAGGAAGCCAGUCGGUGAAAACUCGUGUCAUUAAAAACAAUUUAAACCCGGUAUGGAAUGAGCAACUAAUGCUGUCAAUUCCAGAGAACAUUCCACCUCUAAAAGUGCAUGUGUUUGACAAGGAUACAUUUACAACAGAUGAUUUCAUGGGGGAAGCGGAGAUUGACAUUCAACCUCUUGUUUCAGCAGCGAGAGCUUGCGAGAGUUCGUCCAACAAUGAAACAAUGCAGCUCGGAACGUGGAAAGCAAGCCAAGAGAACACACUGGUGGCAGAUGGUGUUAUAAGCCUAGUAGAAGGUACUGUGAAGCAGGUUAUAGCCUUGAAGCUGCUGAAUGUCGAAAGGGGAGUGUUGGAGGUUGAGCUCGAAUGCGUCUCUCUCUCGCAGUAGCAGAGGAAUCUUCACUUUCAACUUUGCUGCUGCCCGACCGGUAUAUUAGAUGAUAUUUUUUUUUUUAAAUUAUAGUUUAUGUUGGGGAUAGGGGAGGUGAGGAAAUCAAGGCAAAAAUGCCUCACAUGUAGACAUAGUGUGUGUAUGUACAAUGAAGUGUCUUUGAUAAC